AUGAAAAGAAUUCUGUUCACAGGUGUGAUGUCUUGUCUUACGGUGACAGCUAUGUCUGCAUGCAACUGGUAAUAUAGGCGCUAUUAGGAAUCUAUUAGAAAAUGGAAAUUGAUUGAUGAGCAAUUCAAACCGGAUCAUCCAAUAUCACAUAUGAUGAUUCAGGAUAUUCUAUCAUUGGACCCUCAAAGAUACUCAUAUAUACUAGUGAAGACAUCAGGAACUCUUGACAAAUACAUACUAAAGGUGUACAGAUAUUAGGAUGGGAGACCAGGAAUGAUGUUGUGCGGUAUACUAAGAGAUAAUCAAAAUGAUGCCAUAGUAGUAAAUUUGGGUUGGGUCCCUGAGAAUUUCUUGGAUUAAAUAGAAUCGAUGGAAGGCAUGUAAUUAAAUGAAAUGUGUGCUAUGAUCAAAUUGCCAGAACACCGGGACAAAAAUACAGAUCAAAAUCUAAUGAACACUUUCAUUGAUCUUGAAUUAAUAGCAAAAGAGAACAAAUUACCAGAGAAGUCAACUAAUUUAUUUUUGGAAAGAAUAGGAACAUCUACUGAAAAUGCAGGAUUAUUUAAAGUUUAGGAUUUGUAUCCUGUUCCUAGUUUCUAUUCCACCUUUCAGAAGCCCUACUUGACGCCUGACAAACACAAAGCAUAUUAUUGGUUUUGGGGAUCAUGUUCAUGCUUAGGAAUUAAAAUGAGAGUGAUUAAUAUCUAUAAAUUUAUAUUAUUUAAUGAGGAGUAUAAGAAAAUCUCUUGUGAAGUGUAAUUUAAAUUGCUAAUCAAAGUGCUUAAGUCAAUAGAUUUAUUUGGAUAGAACAUUUUGUUGAAUCUCAAUGGGGAAGAUGAAUACAAAACUGCCUUUGGUGGUUUCUUCACUUUGAUGAUUCUAGGAAUUGUGGUUCUGUUUUUUUAAUCCAAUAUCAGAGACUUUAUAAAUAAAGUAAACAUUUAAAGUGAGACAACCGAAGUUUUUGAAGAUUAACCUGACUAAAUAUAAUUGAAUGAAACGAAUUUUAUGUUCGCUGUAGCUAUAGAAUAAGUCAAUUUCAACACCAAUCCCUUUUUCAAUAUUACUUUGCGACAAAGAUACUAUGAAAGAUUGGAAAACGGCACUCUCAUCAAAGGAGAUCAAUAUAUUGAUCUGAUACCCUGUAAAUUGGAUAGAUUUCAAAAUAUAUUUACUCCUUAUGGAUUGAAUUUCACCCAACAGUACAGGGAAAUCGGUCUGGAUACUUGGCUUAAUUAUUCUCUCUCUCUCAAGGGACGGUACACAAAUAAAUAUUUCGACUUCCUCAAAAUUGCUGUCAAUGAGUGCAGUAACAACUCCCAAUCUAAUUCCUUCUUCACAUGGAAGCCUGUCUGUGCUUCUCCAGAAGCCGUAAAUGAAUGGCUAAUGGACCAAAGGUCCUUUAGAGUCAAACUGUAUAUAUAUAAGUGCUUUAUGUUAAGAUACAUCACAAACAAAGUAAUUAAUCCCUAGAAAGGAGAUGAAUACAUUCAGUCCUUUCUGGAUGAUGAAUUAUUCUUCUCUUUUGUACCAAACGUAAUUGGCAAGGAAACUGAUGUAUUUUUUACCAAAUACAUUUUGAAAACUGAUAAUAAUCUAAUUCCAACAAACGAAGAACUAGAAACUACUGAAGUGUUUGCUAAAUAGGAAGGCGACUACAGAGAUCAAAGCAUUUAUGCUGCCGAACAAUUUGCAGCCAUUUAUUUGCGGAGAUCCCCUUAUACCAAUUACAUCUCAAGAUCAUAUCAAAAAAUAGAUAAACUACUUUCCAUCCUGGGAGGUUUCGCGAACAUAGUCUUUGUUGCACUAGGCUUCUUUGUCGGAAUAUACAAUAAAUAAUAAUGUACAUUUUUAAAUCAUCUAGAUCUCAUCGAAUUAGCUAAUGAGGUCUAUGAUUUUCACUUUGGAAAUGAAAACAAGGCUAAAUUUGAGAGACAGCAAUUGGUCAAAGAAAUCACUUACGUUAAAUCUUAGAGCAAGAUAAUUAGUUAAAAGUGCAGUCCUGCCUCUUCGAUUAACCCUGGUAAUGCAUCUAUCAAUUGCAACGCAAUUCAAUCAGUCAGACCUAUCAUAUCUCACCAAGUUGAUUGCACCCUAGUCAUUCAUAAUGACAAAUAGGAUUCAGAUCAAAAAACUCAUAAGUCGAAUAACAAGAAUUCAGCAGUAAACUUACAACCAGUAGGAGACAACGAAAUAGAAUGGGAGAGUCUUGAUAAAAGUAUGUUCUCUUGUAAUCUCACUCAAAAUAAUAAUCAAACAGAUAUUGCUAUGUUUAAUAGUACUGCCAAAUUCAAUUAAGAGAGACAAGCCAAAACUUAGAAUGAUCAUGAGUAAAAGAGUAUGAAACAUUCCAUUAAAUAGAUGCACAAAUAGAUAAUUAAUAAAAUUGGGAUUCAUAAUCGAAAAGAAUAUUUAACUAGGCAAAUUUAGAUGAUGCUAGACAGAAGUCGUCCGAUUGUCUUCACUUUUAAAUUCGUAUUGCAUUAACUGUUUUGUGGCAAGUUGUUUUAAGAUAAGAAUUGUAUCCUCUUGGAUAAAGCUAUAAAAAAGAUAAAUCAAGAUCUGGAUAUUUGUGUGAUAAUCGACAAAGUGAAUGAGAUCAAUUUAAUUAAGGAACUGCUUCUAGAAAGAGACCAAUAGAUAUUGUUCAAUUUUGCUCCAAAAGAAGUCAUCUCUAUUGAAGAUUUAAGUGCUAAGCAUCAUCUACCAGGGAGACGAGAUUCCAAACGUGCUUUUACUAAGAGAUUGGGAGUGCAGUUUAGUGAUGUGGCUAAAAUGAUGUUCGACAAGAAAUUUAAAAAGGGGCAGUUUGUGAAUCCGGGAUUAUAAAUUUAUUAUAAGUUGUAUUAAGCUUACGAACGAGUCAUUCUAUCGGAAGAGAAGAAUAAUAGAUUUAAUAAGAUCCUCAUUGAAAAAUUAGGACAGGAAGUUAAGGAGGUCUUUGACAUUUCCAAUUACAUUCAAGUGGAUAAGAGCAGGAUGAUCAUGGACAAGUUGAAGAAGAAGAAGGUCAAUUUGCAUGAGGAGGAGGUCGAAGAAUUGCCGGGGUUAUUAAGUAUGGAUCAAAGAGACUUGAAAUUAUCAAUGAUUAAAUGA